GUGAAAAUUUAACUCGCCAGUCUUUCACCGUUGAUUUAAUAAAGUGCAUAAAUAUGAAAGACAAGAGUACGUGGUGGAAAAAAUUAAAGGCAAAUGCUAAUAAUUCAUCGCGUAAAUUAAGUACUAAAUUAUUUGAAAACAGAGAAAUUUAUCCGGGCAUAAUGUGGAAUAAAAAAGUUUUUAUUAAAAUCAUUGAAGUGCUUCUAUGCAUUGCAUGCACGGUGGCACUUCGUGUGACUGAUGACGAGAGUAGAAGAGUCUUCAAUUUUCUCAGAUAUCGUAGUAGAGAGUGGGCUCUCCUAAACAAUGUAACCUGGGGAACUAUAGGUGCAGCUCUGGCGACAGCAACGUGCGGUGGUUACGUGAUAAUCACUGCAGGUCUUCUUCUUGCAGUAGCAACUGGAGAAUUGCGCGGUAGAAAGACAGAAAUAUUUCUACUUGGACUUGGAAUUAUUCUCUUCGGGAUUGUCGGCGCACUAUCAUUAGCUUCAAUUGAAAAUGUACCAAAUGAUUUAAUUGAUAAUGCUGCAGUACUUGGCGCUCUUUGUCUUAUCACAGCUUUGGUUUUUAUUGCCGAUAUUUUGAUGACAACACCCGAACAAAAUAAAAAUGACGGGACACAAAUUUUGAUAAAUAAAAAUACAGUGAAACCAAUGGCAACUUUGAUGAUUGAGAAGGAGUCAAAGCCUUCAAAGUCCAAUGGAAAUACAAAAACUGUAGAUACGAAUUUAAAUGAAAGUGUCAAUGAAACUAAGGACAAUAAUCAACAGCAGCAUCAUCAAGAACCUACAGCUGAUUCACGAGACCAAGAUGGUCAGAGUCAAAUUAAUGCACAACGUCCUCGCGUAACGGACGUUGGAAUUUUAGCAGAACCCAAUAUGGAUUAUGGUGACGAUGAUAUUAAAUUUAUUGACGAUGACCGACUGACUAAAGAGUUUUCAAGUCUUCGUAAUCAGUUUAGAAAACCCAAUGGAUAUAGAGAUGUCGAGACAACAACCAGGGAUAGGUUCAGGGACGAGAGAGAUGACGGAAGGGCUUUUUAUCACCACAGCCAUGAAAUGAACAUUCGUCCUUCGGACGAAGUCGACACGCCUCGAUUUUCUUCUAUUAGAGACAAUUUAAGUGAAGCAAGGUUUCCUAAAGUUGUUAAUUCGACUGUGAAAAGUUCGAGGCUCGCUCAUGAUGAUCAAGAUAAUUUUGAUAACCAUGGAAGAUACUUAGACUCCAGUCAUUUCGAUACGAUGUCGACAAGAUUAGCGCCUGGAAUAUUAAAGCGAGGACGAGAUGCUUAUCACGCUUCUUCUGGAAGAAGUUAUCGUAGCAAUGAUAGAAAUAAAGAUGAGAUCGAAAUACUUGAUGAGUGGGUUGGAGUGCUGAGGAAAUCAACAACUGGAACACAGACAACAAUACCAACCUCGUUGCCGUCAUCUCCUAAUGACCCAGGAUAUGUAAGACACACUGCCAGCAAUUGGCCUCGAGAAAUUAAAUUUAAGACACCAGGAUCAAGUCCCAAUCGCGAGGUUCAUCAUUAAUUAUUAAAAAUUUUAUUUAAAUUAUGGGAAUUAAACUUAAUUUUUUUUUAAUAAAAUAAAAUCAUCUCUUAAUUUUUAAAAUA